AUGACAAUUGGUAACGUUAAAAAUAUGGAAAACCUGCCAUGGGUUGAGAAGUAUCGUCCAGAGUCCUUGGACGACGUUUAUGGGCAAACAGAAGUCAUCACGACUAUUCGUAAGUUUCUAGAAACCGGUAAACUACCACAUCUACUGUUUUAUGGACCUCCAGGUACCGGUAAGACAUCGUCUAUUAUUGCACUUGCAAGAGAGAUUUACGGCAAGAAUUACAGUAAUAUGGUCCUUGAGUUAAACGCUUCCGAUGAUCGAGGUAUUGAUGUGGUAAGAAAUCAAAUUAAGGACUUUGCAUCGACAAGACAAAUUUUCUCAAAAGGUUUCAAACUGAUCAUCUUAGAUGAAGCUGAUGCAAUGACCAAUGCUGCUCAAAAUGCAUUGCGUAGAAUUAUCGAAAGAUAUACUAAAAACACAAGAUUUUGUAUCUUGGCCAAUUACGCACAUAAACUAACCCCCGCAUUGCUAAGUCGUUGUACUAGAUUUAGAUUCCAACCAUUGCCAAGAGAAGCAAUCCAACGUCGAAUUUCCAAUGUUUUAGUACGAGAACAGUUACAAAUGACCGAAAGUGCUGAGAAUGCAUUACUUGACUUGUCUCGUGGUGAUAUGCGUCGUGUUCUGAAUGUGUUACAGGCUUGCAAAGCAGUCAUCGAUCAACCCAAUGUCGAAAUAACAGACGACCUAAUCUAUGACUGUUGCGGUGCACCAAAUCCUCAAGACCUAGAGACAAUUCUAGAUUCAAUCUUGAAGGAAGACUGGACAACUGCUCACUAUACUUUACAGAAAGUGAGAACCUCAAAGGGUCUAGCCCUAAUCGAUUUGAUCGAGGGAAUCGUGUCCAUCUUACAAGGCUAUCAGCUUGAAAACGAAUCGACAAGAAUCAGUCUUUUAACGGGUCUAGGCGACAUUGAAUACGCCAUUUCUCGUGGUGGUAGCGAAAAAAUACAAACAAGCGCUGUUAUUGGUGUUGUCAAGUCUUCUUUUGAACAAGAAGCUACGAAAAUACAUUCUUAG